AUGUUGUCUAAUUACUGGCUUAGCCUGCUGGCUAUACUCUGUUUUACUUCCUUCACUUCAACCUACGCGGAGCUCGCCGAGUGGGCCUUGUAUAAAGAUGAUGGCAGUCACCCGUCACUCCCCUUCGAUGAGAAAGCACUCAUAGCAGUUCUUGAUCCUGCCCAUAGUAAGAGGUCUCCACCAGUAUCUCUGGCCGAGUCGACUACCGACCCCAACCCCAACUUUGCCACGCUUAAUCGCAGAUACAUCGGUCCCAACCCGAACGGACAAUGUCCUAAGCCGCUCUAUUCUGACAAAGAAGAUGACAGGCGUUGUGACCGUCGCUUCGCGGGGCCGGUGACCGAUCAAUCCAAACUUUAUGCAGCUAAAAGCACUACCUGCGCUUCAACAAUCACGCGAAGACUAAAUUGUCAACUUUGCUAUGGUUUCAGGGUCGACAACCCCAGCGAAAUCAAGACAACUGACGUUCGAUGCGGCGCUACUGAAGUAUGUACACAGGAGAGUGACGCUUACAACAAAUGGGGAAACUUGGAGCCAGAAAGUAUUUGUGUCUCAGGAAACAGUAUCAUACAAGUCGUGGCUGCAAGAGGAACUGCUGUUCGAGAAUUUUGCUCCAAGAAGUUCACCUUCCCGAAGGCAAGAGGUUCAGUCGCCGGAUUUCACGCAUAUGUAUACGACCAAGUUACAGGUCUCCGAGUAACAGCUAAAUGGAUGUACUUGAAGAUCAGUGGCGGUUAUAUAGCAUCGGCCCGAAACGCCGCCGACUGGGAGACCAAUGCCAAUCUUGGGGAGUUUCAAUUUGCCGAGAUGUGUUUCUAUCCAUUCAGCACCGCUGAGCCGCUGGAAAUGGAUUGGACAGUUACAAUACGAAAUUGA